AUGGAAAUCAAUAACCAACCAGUGGUAAUCUUUGCCAGCACGAUCAAGCAAGAUGAUGGUCUCGUAAUUGACCAGUGCUAUCCUGCGACAUCCGGCCAUAAACCAACAAAAAAACCAGUUCCACCCACAAAGAGGCCUGUUGCCCUUGUCGAUAAAAUGCGAUUGGCCGACGUGGACAAAGCUGGACCUGAAGAUUUGCAGCUGAAAUGGGGAAAGAAGGCAGACAAGAAGUACAAGGACAAGCUGUUCGUCUACGUUAACGAGACUCUUUUCAAAAGACCUGUCUAUUCCACUUUGAUCGAAGUAUAUGAGAGGAACCUCUUCGACCCGCAGGUGUGCCAUGCUGAUUCAGAGAUGAAUGGCUUCCGAAAAGCUCAGCUGCGACUAAUGUUCGAUACCUGGACAGAUACGGAAGUUUUCAAACUGGCUUUCGAUUACUUGCAAAACAAAGAUUUCAAGUAUGCGACCAGCAUGCAAACAUUGAAGGAAUACCUCUGGACCUUAUGGUUCGGCACCUACUCACGCUGUAAAGGACCAUACGGAAGUUCAGGAUGGGAGCACGUCUUCUAUGGUGAAUGGAAAGGUACGAAAGUUGAUGGACAUCACAGCUGGGUCAGAUAUUACCUGCAACAGAAAGCCGGUCAAAUCGAAUAUCAUGGAUACUACGUCUACGUACCAGACAUUAUCGGCACAGUCCAGUACACGUGGCAGAAACAUACCAAGCCCAAGGGUGGUUUCCUCAUUGGCACCUCUCCAGCGUUCUGA